UCCAAUUCCAAACUGAAAUUUUUGACAUGACGGGACGAGAAUCGAAUCGCAUUAAGGAUGCAGAGAAGAAACGUGUGUUGGAUGCCGCCGCUCGGCAGAGGCGCGCCCGCAAAGCACUCGAGGCUUUGGAGCAAGACAACUUUCACGAUGACCCACACGCCGAUCUGGUCAUGUCCAAAAAGCUGCCUAAAUUCCAGGACAGUGUCAAAAACGCCAAGGAGAAGAAGGGCAAGCGCAAGGGCGCAGAGUACUUCCGGGCCAAAUACCGCAAAAACUUCCAGCAACUCCUCGAGGAGGACAAACAAAAGCCCAAUUAUGAGAGUGCAGCAGCGCCAGCUCCCAAUAAACCAGUGCGCCACUUCUGUGCGGUCUGCGGUAACUUCUCGCAAUAUUCUUGCACAGCCUGCGGGACGCGCUACUGCCGAGUGAAGUGCCUGCGCACGCACCAGGACACACGCUGUCUCAAGUGGACCGCCUAAACUUGGUUGUUUUAUUAGUACCUCGGCAAUAAAGUAUAGGUUUAUAUCUAUUGUACAUGAAAAAAUAGUCCUUUAUGUAGCAACGCACGUUAUUCUUUAUUAAUUUCAAACUCUAGUUAUAGUCUGUUAAAAAUCUAAAUAAGAAAAAAUUAAUAUUUCCCAGAAAAAAAUUUGGUGAUCAAAAAUUCCGUAGACCUGUGCCAUUCGGGCUGCAAAACCAUCGACCUUUCCAUCGAUCAAACAUUUUAAAAACAAUUUAAUAAACGUACAAAGAAUACUCAUA